AUGACAUCCCUACUAUCAAAUUCUCAAUUAACUUCACAUAUACGGCAUAAUAAACGACUAAACCAAAAUUUGAUAAAAUUUCUUUCAUCAUCCACAUCCACUAAAACCAGUGUCACACCACAAUUUUCGAGUCAUUAUAAGAGAUUCGAAAAAUUCAAAAAAAUAACAAGAGCAGAAGAAGCAGAAUUACAAAAGAUAGAAGAUCAAAAAAAAUUACAAUUUUUAGAUAAUAAAUAUGAUAUAAUUAACAAAGAUACAAAAAAAGUUUUAGAUAUUGGAUUUGCACCAGGAAAUUGGUUAAAUUAUAUGGUUGAUAAACUAAUUCAAAUAAAUCAAAUAAAAGAUAAUAAAUUAUUUUCCAAAAAGAUUCAUAUAUUAGGAGUUGAUAUUUUGUUUAAAAAUCCUCCAUUAGGUACAUCAUCAAUUCAAGGUAAUAUUUUUUCAAAUUUUAUUCACAAAAAUAUAAUUCAACAUUUUAAAAAUAUUGAAAUAAAUAGUUUUAAAUAUAAUUUAAUUAAUGAAACUCAAGAUCAAUUAAUUCAAAAAUCUUAUUUUGAACAAGAACUGGAAGAAUCAUCAGCAUCAGAUGAAGAAAUGUUGAAAAUUUCAAAUAAACUACAAAAUUUAUCAAUUUCGGAAAAAUUUAGUGGUAAUGAUUGGAAAAUAGAUUUAGUAGUAAGUGAUUUAUCAAAACCUAAAAGACAACAAAGUGGAUUUUAUGAUCAUACAGAAACUCAUCCAUAUUUAAGAUAUAAUAAUAAUUCAGGUUUAAAUCAUUCAAUAAUGAAUCCAGAAAAGGGGAAUUUAGAUUUAGCUGAUGCUGCUAUAAUAUUAAUGCAAAAAAUUUUAAAACCAGGAGGGAAAUUUAUAUUAAAAUUAAGUGAAAUUAAUAAUGAAGAUCCUGAAAUUAUGAUAAUGAAACAAAAAUUAAUGACAAUGUUUAAAAAUGUUCAUAUUACUAAUUUAAUGAAAGAGUGUAUAUUUGUAUGUUUAGGUAAAAAGUAA